GCAAUGCAUGUCUACUUGUCUAGUCGACAGUCUACAGCUUUCAAAAUAAAACAAUUUUCGGUCAGUGAGCUGCUUCUUCUUCAAUGGCUUCAAAGUAUGGUAUUCUGCAACUCUCAAAUUUGUGAAGCAAAAUCCAGUUGUUCCCAAAUCCACUGUCAGUUGUUACACAGGAAGAAUUCUCGGUCUUCGUUGUUAUUUGGAAAAUAAACUCCUAAGUCUUAAUAUUGAUGGACCGUUCACCACAUGAUUAUGCUGCAAUGGCAUUUGCUCAGCAGCAGCAACAACAUCAACAGGCAGCUAACAUGCCUGGACAACAGUAUGGCUUCUCUCCACAGCAGCAUCAACAGUUUCCCCCUUCAGCUCACGGUCCUCCUUUUCUACCUCCUCAUCCAUCUGCCCAACAGUUCCCUUUCCAUCCUCAACAGCAUCCUCAACAAAUUCAUCCUCAUCCUCAUCCUACCCACUCUCAUCUUCUUCAUCUUCAGCAGCAACAACAACCUCCACCAUCCUUUUCCCCUCAUAUGCCACCUCACCUGGUACCCUCUCCUUUUCCUGGAGGACCAUAUGACUCUGCUCCACCCCCUGCACCUCCUCCUCCCGAUCCCGAAAUGCGAAAGCGUAUUGACAAGCUAGUUGAGUAUGUUGCCAAAAACGGUCCGGGAUUUGAAGCAAUGGUGUGUGAGAAAGAACAUAAGAACCCCGAGUAUAGUUUUUUGUUUGGUGGUGAGGGUCAUGCAUACUAUCGCUAUAAGCUCUUUUUGUUUACUCGGUCUCCUGGUCCUUUUGGUGCCCCCUUCCCUCCUUCUAUGCCUGGGAUUCAUCCAUCACCUAUGAAUCCUACUGGAGCUUCUGGUUCAAUGAUGGGCCUACCUCAGAUGCAUCAACCUCCUUUCCCUCAUUAUGAUCAGCAACAGCCUUAUUCUCAGCCUUACAUGGGUGAUGGCCGACCGGAUUAUGACCAGCCAGCCAAGUCAUUUAGAGGCCUUUCCGGUCCACUUCCAUCUGAUAUUGCAAUGGAGUUGAACAACGUGCUUGUCAACCUCACUGGUACCAAGGAGUCGAUUAAAGGGGCUAAGGCAUGGUUUAUGCAGAGGUCGCCUUUUGCUCCUGCUUUAGCUGAAGCGUUGAGGGAUAGGGUCUUCAGUUUAGAAGAUUCUGAGAAGCUGUUGCACAUUAUUUACCUUGCAAAUGACAUAAUCUUUGACAGCUUCCAGCGUCGUGCCAAUCCUCAUGAACUUGAUAAUGAGGCCCUUGCAUUCAAACCUGUUUUGGGCUCCAUGUUGGCGAGGAUUUACCAUCAUCCACAAAAUAAGGAAGAAAACCAGGCACGGUUGCAGAAAAUAGUACAAUUUUGGGCUUCGAAAGAAGUUUAUGAUCAAGAAACCAUUCAUGCCCUCGAGGGAGAGAUGAUUGGAGGACCACCAGCUAGUUCUUUUACUGGUCCUCCCAAGGAGCUGUUUGGUUCAUCGGCUGACCCUUCACAUUCUGGGGGAGUAUCUCAUCAAACAGCAAUCAGUAACCUUCAAUGGAUGCAGGAAAACAAAAGUUUACUUAAUCAAGAACAACCCUUUCUUCCACAUACUGUCUCCCCUGGUGGUUUUCCAGGAUCCCUCCCUUUACCUCCGACAAUUCCAUCACUAAAUCAACUGCCUAACUCACUUGCUACAUUGCCACAGCCGCCAUCUGCUAAUGUUGGUGAGAAAUUACCACCAUACCCUUUGUUCCCUCCCGGUCUUAUACCCGGAAUGGUAAAAAAACAGCAGGUUGGAAGUGGCGUUCCCUAUUCCCCAAUGAGCCCUCUUGAAAUUCCAACUGUCAUCCCAUCAUCUGAUGUACCAGAAUCUGAUAUUUUGGAUAGCGUGUCUAAAUUUUUUAAGGAGAUUGGGGAAGCCAACCCUUCUGAAGGGCCGAUGAGUGGUUCCGAAGCAAGAUAUGAUGAUGACUAUCAAAGGGAUUCACCGGUCCGUAAGGGUGGAGCUUGUAUCCCGCCACCAUCGCACUUGCAGUCAAAUGCAGAACAAGAAACAGAACGGGAAACAGAACCGGGUUCAUUUGGGUCUGGAAGGUUGGGCCUUGGAGCUAGUGUAAAUCCGAAUGAGGCAAGUCAAUAUGAUGAUGUUUAUACUAGUUAUCGGAAAAAUAGAAGCUCUAAUUACCAUGUGUCAAUGAGUGCUAGGGCCGUGACACGGUAAUAAAAAGCAUAGUAGAAAUUUUUUCGUGCUUUCUGAUUGAGGUAUGUUUACUAGAUAAGAUAUGAACUUGUCCCUCUUGUGUAUGUUUCAUCCCACCAGUGUUAUAGACUUUUGACUUUGUACAUGGUGAACAAUGGAUAGUUCGUAUUUCUCCUUUC